AUGGAUGACAUUCGUUCAUCCUACGAUGUGGAUUGCCUCAUUGAAGAAGCAGCUAAAAUGGAGAAGAUAAAAUUUCCGCACAUCGUGUCCAUCUACAGGGUGUGCAAGCAGCCCCUGGGCAUUGUGAUGGAGUUCAUGGCCAAUGGCUCCCUGGAGAAGAUGCUGCCCACACCCACCCUCUCCUGGCAGCUCACGUUGUGCAUCAUCCAUGAGACCAGCCUGGCCAUGAACUUUCUCCACAGCAUUAAGCCACCCCUGCUCCACCUGGACCUCAAGCGCAACAUUCUCCUAGACAGCAACAUGCAUGUCAAGAUUUCAGACUUUGGCCUGUCCAAGUGGAUGGAACAGUCGACCCAGAUGCAGUACAUCGAGAGGUCAGCUCUGCGGGGCACCUUCAGCUACAUUCCCCCUGAGAUGUUCUUGGAAAGUAACAAGGCCCUGGGGCCCAAGUAUGACGUGUACAGCUUCAGCAUCAUCAUCUGGGAGCUCCUCACUCAGAAGAAACUGUAAUCAGGCUUCAGCAUGGUGACUAUUGUCGCCUGAGUGGCCGCACGCAUGCGGCCCUCCCCGCAGCCUGUCUCGGACGAGUGGCCAGGCAAGGCCCAGCAGAUGGUGAACCUGAUGAGGUGCUGUUGGGAUCAGGUCCCCAAGAAGAGGCCCUGCUUUCCAGACAUCACAGUCGAGACAGACAUGCUGCUAUCCCUGCUCCAGAGUCCUGUGGCCGACCCAGAGAGUGAGGCUCUGGCCAGGAAGGUGUCCUGCAAGCUGUCUCUGCACCGGCCUGGGGAGGUCAGCGACAAGGUCAGUCAAGAGCUAACAGACCACGACUCAGGGGACUGCUUGAAGGGGGUCCUGCAGCUCUCGGACAGCAAGACCCCAGUCCUGAGCGACGAGGAGCUGCACGUCUAUGAGAACAAAGUCACUCCCCUCCACUUCCUGGUGGUACAGAGCCUCGUGGAGCCUGUGAGGCUGCUGCUGGCCCACGAGGUCAAUGUGGAUUGCCAGACCGCCUGCGGCUACACGCCUCUCCUCAUCGCCGCCCAGGACCAGCACCCCGACCUCUGCACCCUGCUCCUGGGGCACGGGGCAGACGCCAACCUCACAGACAAGGAUGGCUGGGCCCUGCUGCACUUCGCAGCCCAGAACGGGGAUGACCGCACCGCCCACCUGCUCCUGGACCACGGGGCCCACGUGGAUGUCCGGGAGCACAAGGGGUGGACCCCGCUCCACCUGGCCACAAAGAACAACUUUGAGAAUGUGGCACAGCUUCUGGUCUCCCGCCAAGCUGACCCCAACCUGCAUGAGGCUGACGGCAAGACCCCUCUGCAUGUGGCCGCCUACUUUGGCCACGUCAGCCUGGUCAAGCUGCUGACAGGCCAGGGGCCUGAGUUGGAUGCUCAGCAGAGAAACCUGAGGAGGCCUCUGCACCUGGAGGUGGAGCAAGGCAAAGUGAGGGCCAUCCAACACCUACUGAAGAGCGGGGCGGCUCCCGAUGCCCUUGACCAGAGUGGCUACAGCCCACUGCACAUGGCAGCCGCCAGGGGAAAGUACCUGAUCUGCAAGAUGCUGCUCAGGUACGGGGUCAGCCUCGAGCUGCCGACCCAGUAGGGCUGGACCCCCCUACAUCUUGCAGCCUUCAAGGGCCACUUGGAGGUCAUCCACCUGCUGGCAGAGAGCCAUGCAGACUUCGGGGCUCCUGGAGGCAUGAAGUGGACCCCCCUGCACCUCGCCACCUGCCAUGGGGAGGAGGCCGUGGAGUUAGCGCCGCUGCAGUGUAGUGCUGACCCCAGUGCUGCCGAGCAGGCGGGCUGGACGCCCCUCCACCUGGCCGUCCAGAGGGGCGCCUUCCUGAGCGUCGUCAACCUCCUGGAGCACCACGCAGACGUCCAUGCCCGCAACAGGGUGGGCUGGAUGCCCGCCUACAUGGCCGCCCUCAAGGGCAGCAUGGCCAUCCUCCAAGUGCUGGUCAAACCUGGUGCCCAGCUGGCCCUCCGAGGGGUGGGCUGCACACCCCUGCAGCUGGCCCUCCGGAGCCAAAAGCAGAACAUGAUCGCCUUCCUAGAGGGCAAGGAGCCCUCCUCGCUGGCCCUGCCGGGGGAUGCCGAGCCUGGAGCCCAGACUGAAAUGUAA